AUGGAGGCGGUGACGUGUCGGUCAUGGGGUAUUAACCUUGGUCCGAGUUGGCCAACUUGCUUGCCAUGGACCAUUGACUCGUUAACCGUCACUAAAAGCGGCGGGGGUCCGGACCAAGAAAUCGUGGAUGCGUUCCGCCAGCGGAGACUUCUCACGUACUCCCGUAAGACGACUUGGCUUCAUCGGUCCGACCUGCGUAGGCCGCCGUCCAGUUCUUUGUCGUACCCUGGACACGGCAGCGAAGAUGUCAGGUCUCCAGGUUCAGGAGGUACUCCAGGGCCGCUGUCACAAGCUCCGCAGCUCGACCACUCAGAUCCAGUCCACUUAAACAGUCCUGAUAGUAAUCCUCGGAUUGGUUACAAUUACAUAAGAUCUAAAUCUCUGAGUUUGUGGGCAAGAUGGCUUGACUGCUUUGAGCAACUUCACCCACUAUCUGAUGACCGAGUUUGCAGUCCCACCCUUAUCUGGCCCGAGUGGAAACUCGAACAACCCUACACUUCUAUGAUAUAA